CAGUAUCUUUAAAACAGCCAAUAAAAUUUAACAUGCCAGCAUAUCAUAAGUCCAACAAUUGCAACCCACGGAAAUAUCCGAACUCCGAAGUGUUGUGCUCUCAGUCUGAUAGUUGUCGGAAGCAUAUAUGGAGGCAAAGCCGUUCCCUCUAACCUGCGCACCCUCCUUGCCACCCUUGCUUCCACCCACUAACAUGCGCUUCUCUCGUUUCAAGACCAUUUUCCCAUCUGGAGAAGUUUUGAGAAGGAGUAUGCCCAAAGAAGAACAACUUCUGGAAGGGAUGCCGAAGGAGUAUUACGAUGAUGAAUGGCAAGCCAGACAACGGGAAAAAACAAAGGAGUUGCAUAGAAGACGUCGAGAGGAAGAGGAAGAAGAGGAAAGAAAGAUUGAAGAAUAUCGUGAAAUAGGUUUGCGUUUGAUGGGGUACCCAGAAGAAGAUGUCAGAAGAGCAAGAAAAUUAGUUUCAAGCUUCAUUAGGGCUGAAGAAGAGGUGGAAGAGAAAAUUGAGGAGGCUGCGGAGAGAGGUGAACUCAAUGAACUUGUGCUAAUGGUCAUAUGGAAUCGCCUUGAUCUUGCUCGGCGUGAUGAUGAAAAGGAUGCCAUUAGGAGUCUUGAUCUCCUAUACAGAAGAGUUGAGACCGAGAUACUGAAACGGGAGGCUACUCCUGCCAUGAGACUGCUCAAUGAUCUUUUGAAUAUGCAUGAUGGGUUUGACGAUGAAGGAUGGUUGAAGGAAUGUAAAAAACGCAUGGCUGAUGCUUUUCCACGGGAGGAUCCAUUUACUGUCCUUGUACCAGCUGGAUUUGACAUUGAUAAGCAUCACGGGCCAUUGUCACUGCCACUUGAAGCUGAUGAUAUUCUUCUGAGAGUGGAUUUUGUAAGAGAGGUUGAUGCUUUGCUACAAGAGGUUCGAUCUGAACAAAAUGAAGCACAAAGCGCACAAGGGCUUGAUCCAGAAUCUGUUGCACUAAGAUUGAAGGAACAGGAGAAAAAACGAACCAUACACCGAGUUGAAACUCUAGUAGACUUGGCAAUUAAUUUGAAGUGGUAGCUCUAGUUUUUUGUUUUCGGGUGAAAGAGGGAGCCUGAUUAUUGGGGGUUCAGGAGAAAAAAGGCAUCCAGUUUUCCCUCAUCAGCUUCUGCAUAGUUAGAUUUUGGCUUGGAAGAUCCAAUGAAUCUUGUACCCAUAGUUGGAUAUGGCAUAUGUACUUGUAGGAGUAUAUAGUAUAGGUUACAGAUCACUGGUUUUAUCAUGCCUAGCAAUUAUUGGUUUUACAGGUGGAAUGCAUCGUCGCAAUGGACAACAUGGAUUUGCAAGCUUCUAUUCUUCCUUUCAUUCUCCAGAUUCAUGAUGCCUCCUAGCAAUACAGAAGUUUCGUUCCCAGAAACUUACUGGGAGCUACAGAAAUGACUUGCCCUUGUUUUCUCAUUAAGGGUUUGAGUUGGAGGCUGGACCUUUCUAAAACUAAAUCCAACAGUCUCAAGUAAUCAAAAUCACCCUAUUUAUCUAAC